AUGGAUUCGGCGUUGUUGUUUAGGGAUAGUGUGGCUGCUGCGAGACCGCAUUUGAGGUUCGAUGUGGACAGUUUGUGUGAGGGGAUGAGGGGGGUGCAGGUGGGGCCGGAUGAGAAGGAGCAGGAGAAGGAGAAGGAGGAGCAAGAGCAGGAGCAGGAGUCUGCGGCACCUCUCCCUCCGCCUCCGUAUCACGUCCACCCGCUCAGCGCUACCAUCGUAAACAUAGACUCAGACUCGACAUCCAUCACAUCCCUCAAGCAUAUGCAUCAUCAUCCGGUCUCAAGAUCGAGCUCGUUGGAUACGGUUGUUGAGCAUCCAACGGAGGAUGUUGGGUUGGUUUUACUACCAAUAGUGACGUCUUUGGCGAGCUCCGAGGAAGAAGACGCUGCUAUGCUGCCUCUACAGCCGCCAACAACAGCGACAAUGACGUCUACGGAAACGACCACCUCCGACGAACUUCCAUCCGAGCCUCUUCCAUCCGCGUCGACGUCAUCGUCUGUUCUUGGUUUAGGAUCGGGAUCGCUCGAGGUCACCGCGAUUGGACCUGCCACUGCCACCGCCACCGCUAGUGCCAUCGCCAGUGCCAGUGCUACACCACGCUUACGCGUAGACACCUCUGCUCCGGAGAAGAUAGAGUCGGGUUCGGAUUCGGAUUCACAUUCAUCUCAACAUUCAUUGUCUUCAGAGUCGAACGCAGAGUCGUAUGGACCUUCAUUGUCUUCACCUUCCUUGUCUUCACCCACGACGUCUUCCUCACCCACAUCAUCUCCACCAUCUCUAUACUCCCUGCACUCCUCCUCCUCCUCUUCGUCAGCCGAAACCGCAUCGCCCUCGACGCCGACGACACCGGAGGGUUCGUUGAAGCUAGAAGGAAACGUGAAGCAGACUGAGGCGCAUUUGGAGUAUCCGCUCGAUGUUCCUCCCACGUCAUCGUUGUCCUAG